CACGGCCUGAUGCCCUGGGAUGAUGACUUGGAUGUUGCUGUCCCGUCAUGGCAGAGGGAUGACGUGGCUCACGUGUUGAAUGGCCUCAAGCCGCACUAUCUUCUUGAUGUUACACAAGGAGUCAGAUGGAAGUUCUACUCCGCUCGGUCUCAUGCUAUCAGUAGGUUCUCUUGGAAAUGGCCGUUCCUGGACAUCAUAUUUUUUUUUGAGGAGAACAGAACCCACAUUUGGGAACAAGACAAAGUCUUCAAAGACUUCAUCUUUAACAAAGAAGAUGUAUUUCCAUUGUUUGAGCGUCCUUUCAUGGACAUGAUGCUGCCUGCCCCGAAAAACACAAAAGCCGUACUGUCCACCACCUACAACCUUAGCGUGUGUGCAUCGGGGAGGUACGACCACCGCAAAGAGAUGAUUAGGAGCGAACUGAAGUCAGUGCAGUGUGAACAGUUGCAGCAAGUCUUUCCGUUUGUCAGGCGCCAGGCUGCAGUAGGCGGCCAUGGAGGUUGUAACGAGAGUCUUGUCUUAAAUGGAAAUGUGUUGGCGUGGGUGGUGCUGAGCGGUGUGCAGUGCUAAGGUGGACUCUCUUGCCAGUUACUUUUGUUAUACCUUGAAUGUUUUAUUUACUUGUUCUCGGGAUGUUUUGCUAGCUUUAGAUGCAAGAAUUUCUAGUACCUUUCACUUGUUUAAUACGCUCGCGUUAUCUUGUAAUCAAGGAUCUACCCUGUUGACAUGUGCAAUAAAGUGGGUGAGAUCUGAUUAUGGUAAAGAGAAAAUGCUUCUCAUGCUCCAAAUGGCAUAAGUACUUCACUUUUAGAUUUUAAGUUGCAUGAGAUGACAAAAAUCUCGUUCAUUCAAAGAUUAAACUUUUAUUUGUUAUAUAUGACAAAGUUAGUCAUA